AUCUAUUUACAAUUGCACAGCACUGGUAUAGCACGCUAUGGCACAAACCGACUUCCAUAAGAAUUUUCGCUUAAUUGUUGAAAGGAUUUUCAACAAUUGGCAAAAUCUACGCUUGGCUGUAGAGCAUGGCAUGGGCGGACGCAAUGGCCAGCAGGUGGCCAUACAAAUAAUGGACUACACAUAUGAGUACUGUGUGGGUAACGAGAAUAUAACGCAGGGUGAACUGCAGGAGGUGAUCGAAGAGCUAAUGGAUCAGGAAUUCAACACAUUAUGCGACGAUCAUUCCAUACCCGAAAUAUGCCAAAAUCUAUUGCGGUAUAAGCAAAUGGCAAUGGCCUCCCAAUACCCGCAGAUUGAAAUGGAGCUUAGCAAAUUACCACAAGGCAAGGAUUGGCUGCGUCCCGAUGUCAAAAUUACAUACACACCCAUAGACGACUCAUCGUCUGAUGAGGAUAUGGAAGACGAUGACGAAAGUGCCGAGGAUCCCAUGAAUGCAGCAGACAGCGACGAAGAGGCCGGCACAAGCAGUGGGCGGGUAACCCGUUCUCAGACACGCAAACAGCAAGCGGAACAGUUUGUGGAGCCAGAGGAAGGCUGGACGACAGUGCGUCGCAAGUGAAAAUAAUAUAAAAAGCAAAUUUGUUAGUUGUAG